GCGGCGUAUGACAAAGUGAGAAAGGCGAAGAAGCAAGCUGCAGAAAGGACACAAAAACUUGAUGAGAAGCGAAAGAAAGUAAAGCUUGAUCUUGAAGCCAGAGAACGAGAAGCCCAGACCCAUGAGAGUGAAGAGGAAGAGAUCAAGAUAACGAGAUCAUUAGAACAAGAAAUAAUACGCCUGCGUGAAGAAGGCUCCCGUCAGCUUGAGGAGCAGCAGAGACUCAUUCGAGAACAGAUCCGGCUUGAAAGAGAGCAGCACAUCCAAGGCAAGGAAGCAAGAAAUGGAGCAGAAAGCAAAAUAACUCCCAAACUCAAACUAAAAUGGAAAUGCGGGAAAGAAGAUGAGACAAGAGGGGGAUACUCAAAAGAGGUUCUGCUGCGGAUUCUACAAAAGUAUGGCGAUGUGCUCAAUUUAUUGAUCUCAAGUAGGAAGACUGGGAGUGCAGUUGUGGAAUUCGCUACCGUUAAGGCCGCUGAGAUGGCUGUGAAGAAUGAAGUUGGCCUGAUAAAUAAUCCUCUAAAGAUUUCCUGGCUGGAGGGCCAGCCCCGGAACAAUCCCAGCACCGUCCUUUCUGACAGCACUGGUCAGCCGAGGACUUCACAGGCAUCAGUGGUAUCAGAACGGGAUUACGAGAGCCUGGUGAUGAUGCGGAUGCGCCAAGCAGCAGAGAGGCAGCAGCUUAUUGAACAGCUCAAGCGGGAAGAUGAGGAAGAGUCUCACACCUAGCAUGAGAGUAUGGAUUCUCCCCACCCCAUCAUUUUCCAUUUCCAAAGUUGUUUCUUAAAUUAAGUCAAUAAACCUCCUUUGUU